CGAAGAGCCUGAAAUUCCUCAAUCAUGGCAGCCACCCAUCGAGGGUCUGCAAGUGCCUGUUUUACCGUAGUUGGGAUUACGUCGAAAGCUGCGACCGUGAUGGAGAACAGUCUCUUGGGUUUGUGAAUGCCAUUCAUACCUCGGGUGGUCAUAGUGCGAGUAGGUGCAGGCGGAGGAAUAACAGGUGCGGCCUGUUGUGAGGUGUCUUCCCCUGAGGGCGCCGAUGGGGGAGUGCGGGGAGUAGAGGGGCCCAAUGAGGAGGAUGUGCCGAAUGAUGGGACGGAUGGCGACAAGGAGGAAGAAAGAGGAAGGAGGCGAAGUGGAGGCUCGGUGGAGGCAAGCCAAGCAGCCGAGUCGAAGGAGGGAGACUCAGACAAAGACGGAAGUCCCGGGAGAGAGGACACGACAAAAUGAACAUGGCGAGAGAUGAACAGACGUUGGGAAACUGGAUCAUAGCACUUAUAAGCACUCUGGUUAGGAGAGUAACCCAAGAACAAGCAACGCCGAGAACGAGGAGCAAGUUUGUGAGAACUGUAGGGGCGUAACCAUGGAUAACAUAAACAGUCAAAGGUGCG